UACGUCAGUCAAGUCAAGCGCAGUCAAGUUUUUGGGGAUUUUUUGUUGUGCUAUUUUUUGUUUGAGGAAAACUUGAAGAUUUAUCCCAAUGGUGAAAAGAUAGACCAUACAAUAUUCUAUAAUGUUGUUCCUAUCGUACAACUGUAUAACAUAAACAAACUGGCCACUGUUUUUACAAACUGCACCUGAAACUAAUCAGCAGUCGUAUCAUAAAAAUUCACAACAUGAUACAAUAACAGAAAAACAUUGCGUCACGAUUUAUAAAAAAGACGUAAUUCCAACAGUAUCUGGCGUAAUUCCCGUCGCCAGCUACCAAGUUCGUGGCUGUUGGACAGAUAACCGUAAGCUCGCGAGCUGUACGGUUGGUUGUGAGUGCAAACAUUUUGAUGAUAUUGGACGAUAAUUUUGAGGAGAUGCCUCCUACGAAAAGGGGCAAGCGUGUUAGCGACGCUGACGACGAGGACGACGAUUACAGAAGAAAGAGAGACAGAAAUAACGAGGCCGUCAAGAAAAGCAGAUUCAAGUCAAAGCAGCGGACACAAGAAACUUUCACACGGGUCAAUAAAUUGAAAGCUGAAAACCAAAUGUUGGAAGAAAAAGUCAAAACGUUAACAAAGGAGCUACAAUUCCUGAAAGAACUCUUUUUGGCGCACGCAUCGAACACACAGAACGCUAAAUUUGAUGGCAUAGAUCUACAAAAGCUGUUGGAAGAUAUUCCCGAUGAAAAACCAGAGAGCGGAAAGAGCAAAUGAUGUUAAGAUAGAACAUGGACUUGAUUGUAGUAACUUCUAUGAAGUUACUACAAUCUAUUAGGGAACUAUUAGGAUGUAAGAUAUAAAUAAGAUUCAGGGCUGAAUGAUAAUAAAUGCCUUUUUUGAUAGUUUCCAGAUAACUGUAUGUACAAAAAAACUAUUAUUCAACAUUACCCACACUUUUGUCUCGUAUAUUCUACAUCACCUACUUGUUUAUACACUGUACUGUACACAAUCUGUAUUAGCAUUGGGUGAAUAUAAUUUUAUUAUACUGGUAAUUAGACAUAGCAAUAAAUAAUGUACUAGACAAGUUUAAAUAACCAAUUGAAGUACAAUGUAGACAUAAUUAUUACUCUUCAAACACUUGCCCUCUUUCUUUUCAAAAAUUGUGAGUUAAUUACCUAAGAUUUUACUUAGAUAUAUUAGAAAGAAUAAGGCACAAAAUUGCAAUUUGAACACUUUAUAAUAAUUAGUUGUUACAAAAAGUAAUAACAAUCUGUUACUUUGUAUUUGAAUUCUGUCUUAUGCACAAGAAAAUGAUUAGUGCAAUUUCAGUUUUUGAAUAAAUUAAUGUAAUCAUUUGGAAACCUACAAUAAGUUUUAACAGAACUAUUCUAGAUGCAAUAAAAUGCAAAGAUCUGUGAUUUACCAACAUUUAUGAUUGUUUAAAUAAAACAACUGGAUUUAAUUAUGUAAUUUUAUUAAUAAAAAUAGAUUCUUAUGGAUUAUGUAACUUUAAUACAACUAAGCGGAACUAUACAAUUUAAAAAAUAAAAUCAAUUUUCUAAUUAAACAUGUUUCAGUCAUUUGUUUCGAAAGCCCUAAAUAACUUCUACAAUUAGACAAUAUAAAAAACUCCGUAACAUUUAGCAAAUAUUAUAAUUUACAAAACAUUACCCAAACAUCACUCAUAAAACAUAUCAUUAUACACAGCCCAUUUGAAAAGAUAUUUGAUUAUAGGGAAAAAAUAUGAAACUAAAAGAAUAAAUUUAAAAAA